GCGAUGAGCGACCAUGGCAUAAUCGGUGUGCCUUCUCUGUCUUCCAUUUUAUUUUCUCCACUAUUUUUACUCUUAGGUUUGGAUUUGUGUUUCUAAGUUGUGUUUGAAUCAUUUUCUUUUCUUUCCUUUCUUUUUUUGAUCUGUGCAUGUGAGUGAGGAUUCUAUGGCUUAACUAUCCUUGAUCAUUAUUGUUCGAUUUUGACCAAUAUCUGACCGCCAACCGAAUAGAAAAAAUGAACAGUUUCGAACAAAGCAUUGGUCGACAUUGGUUGACAGAAUCUCCAACCUGAAAGACUCAAUUUGAGUAACGGCUCCACCACUAAACUCAAAUUGCCCGACCCAUGAACACUCCAAAUUAAAGGAAACAAAAUUUACGAUUUCAUAAAUAAAUAAGUAAUAUUUACUAAUAGUCAAGGGCCUUAUUAAUUAACCCUAAAAAAUAAGUCAUAUAUAGCCAUCCUAGUUUUUCUUACCAAUUUCUCAUAUAAAUAUUUCAUAGCAAUUAGUUUCUUGCAAACUGCCAAGUUGAGAGAGACAGAGAGAGAGAGAGACAGAGAAUCAUGGAUAGCAAGCAACCCAGUAUCCUAAUGUUGCCAUGGUUAGCUCAUGGCCAUGUAUCACCUUUCCUAGAGUUAGCCAAGAAACUCUCUCAAAGAAACUUCAAUAUAUACUUCUGCUCUACACCAAUCAAUCUAAAACCCUUAAGAGAAACCCCUCCUCUCAACCUCUCAUCCUCAAUACAACUCAUAGAUAUCCACCUUCCUUCACAAAACCUCCCUCCUCACUACCACACCACCAAAGACCUCCCUCCCCACCUCAUGGCCACCCUCAAAACUGCUUUCGAUGACACCAAACCCGCCUUCUUCACCAUCCUCAAGACCCUCAAACCAAACCUCAUUAUCUACGAUUUCCUACAACCCUGGGUCCCAAUUGCAGCUCGCAAAGAAAACAUCGAGGCUGUUGUUUUCCUGACAUGCAGCGCAGUGUGUUGUUCUUUUUCAACUCACUGCUCCGAUGAUCCAAACAAGGAUUACCCUUUUCAGGAACUCAAUUUCCCAACAGUUCAACGCCAGAAAAUUGUUCAGUUUAUGUAUGACACUUCAAAUGGCCUCACAAACAGGGAAAGGUUCUUAGGAUGCAUCGAAAGGUCUUCGAGCUUUGUGUUGAUCAAGACAUCAAACAUGAUCGAGGCCAAGUAUGUUGAUCAUUUCUGUGGUUUAGUAGGAAAAGAGGUUGUUCCAGUCGGGCCUCUCGUUCAGAACCCUACAAGAAAUGAUGAUGAUGAAGUGAUUAUGGAGUGGUUGGACAGGAAAGAGGUUAGUUCAGCUGUGUUUGUUUCCUUUGGGAGUGAGUGUUUUCUUUCCAAACAAGAGAUUGAAGAGAUAGCUCAUGGGUUAGAGCUCAGCCAAGUGAGUUUCAUAUGGGUUGUUAGGUUUCAUGGAGAGGAGAAAACUAUGGUUCCUCAUGAGGUCUUACCAGAAGGGUUUUUGGAGAGGAUUGGAGAUAAGGGCUUGGUACUAGAGGGGUGGGCCCCUCAGGCAAAGAUAUUAAGGCACCCAAGCAUUGGUGGGUUUGUGAGUCACUGUGGUUGGAGUUCAACCCUAGAGGGUGUGAUGUUUGGUGUCCCAAUCAUAGCCAUGCCUAUGCAAAUUGACCAGCCCUUGAAUGCCAAGGUGGUGGUGGAUAUUGGUGUGGGAAUGGAGGUCAAGAGAGAUAAUGAAAGGUUUGAGAGAGAGGAAGUGGCAAGAGUGAUCAAACAAGUGAUGGAUCAAGAAGAUGGGAAGGAGGUGAGAAGGAAAGUUAAAGAAUUGAGUGAGAGGAUGGAAAAGAAAAGUGAUGAAGAGUUUGAUUUGAUGAUGGAGAAAUUGGUGCAGCUUGUUAGGAAAUCAUAGAGCUUUGAGAAAAUUUUCAAUAAUAAAUUAUACUUUUUUCACAAAAAGUUUCAUUUAAUCCUAUUAACACUAUAUUUGUAGGGUUAAAUGAUGCUUAGUAGGACUAAAUAGAAAUUUUGUGAAAAUUAGGACUUGUUUAAUUUUAGUUUCUUUUUUUCAACAAUAAAUUAUACUUUUUUCACAAAAAGUUUCAUUUAAUCCUAUUAACACCCUAUUUGUAGGGUUAAAUGAUGCCUUAGUAGGACUAAAUAGAAAUUUUGUGAAAAAUUAGGACUAGUUUAAUUUUAAUUUUAUUUUUUUUGAAUUAUUGGUUUCUAGGAAGAUACUAAUAAAAAUAUGUAUGAUUGAUAGCUUGAUUGAUGCGUGUAUUUUUUAUUUAAUCGAAAUUUUGAAAUAGAAUAAUACCAUAGGGUAACUUUGAUUUUAUACAGGCAUUUUGUAGUGGAGAGAGAAUUUGCUGCUCUAGGGCAAAACCCCAACGGUCCUAAGAGUGAAUAUUAGAAUACAAGGGCAAACUACAAAUAAAU